GGCUCUAAUUGUCUCUCUUCAGAAGCAUUGUUUUGGUUGGCGAGAAUUUCGUAAAAAUAUCACCGUACAGCACCCUACAAUCAAUAAGGGCGAUCUUUCAUAAAAGCUAUAGCAAUAUUAUUGUUUGGAUGUGGAAAAGUGGGCAGCUAUCUGGUGAUUAUUCUAUUUCAAGCCUGAGAAUCUGCUCACUCGCUGAAAGCUGUGGAUAACAAGAGCAGAAACCGAAUUUUCACUCUUGGAUCAAGACGACACUUUAGGUCAGGAGCCAUUUAGGGUUAACACGCAUAAAAAGAAGAAGUGAGGUGAACGGUUAAGCAAUAAGUAUGAAUAAUUCAAGUGACAGCGCCACCGAAACUCCUUUGCUAUUUGUCACAGAACCGAGCAAUAUUGCUAGCGCAGUUGCUGUGGGUCUCGUGAUAGUACUUACCAUAUUUGGCAAUGCAAUCGUAUGUGCAAGCUUCUAUACAUUCCGAGACCUUCGAACAAUAUGUAACUAUUUUGUCCUAAGUCUCGCAAUAUCUGAUGUACUAGUGGCAAUAUUGGGGAUGCCAUUUUGGUUAGUAUUGCAGCUUACUGAUUUAUCAAAACAAACCGUCAUUCAGGGAGAUCUUUAUCUCUUCUGGCAAUGCAUGGAUAUUUUCUUCGGCACAGCAUCCAUAAUGAACUUGGCAGCGGUUAGUGCUGAUAGACAUGUGGCAAUUACUGCUCCAUAUUCAUAUCCUCAUAUAAUGACAUCACGAAGAGCAUUGAUUAUUUUGUGUGGUGCAUGGAUUUACGCCGUAGUAGUGUCUAGUCUGCGACUCCUGGAUAAAAACUGGAUAAAAACUGGUGGAUAUCAAUAUAUGGUGUUCAUAGCGAGCUUUGCACUUCCGUUGUUGUUCAUGAUAGCGAUGUAUGCUAGAAUUUAUGUUGUUGCUAGGCGCCAAGCUCGUCGAAUCGGUCGUAACAGGAACUACACUACAGACGUGAAAGCCGCGAAAACAAUAGCGGUGGUGAUUGGUGCGUUCGUUUUCUGUUGGGCGCCUUUCUUUGUAUCAGUCAUUGGCUACAUCAAAAACAAUAACUUUUAUCCUUUGGAUGUUUACAAGUGCGCCAAAUGGUUGGAAUAUGUAAACAGCUGUUUGAAUCCUAUAUUAUAUACUUGUUUAAACAAAACAUAUCGUCGGGCCUUCAGGAGACUUUUUACUCGAUGGCGAGGACGGCUGGAAAGAACUCGUGAAGAGUCACUCACGACUAUAGGAACCUUAUCAAGGAGGCUCACCUUGCCUAGGGGAUCCAUUUUUGCCACUCAAGGAGAUACGUUUUCCAGCUCGUCCUCAAGGGAGCUUACUAAUGGUGAAUUAAAAAGGAAGCUUAGCAGAAAAAGCAGCGUUAAAAGAAAAACAGAAAACCCUCCUGUUACGUUCAUAUAACAUCUCUCCUCUUCCAGGGAUGGCUGGAAAUGGAGAGGGUAAUUUACUUCUCUAUUACAGUUAUAAACCUUGAAUUAGAAGCUUGCAGAAAAGGCGAACAAUCUAACAUUACAAAAAGAAACUGAAUAAAGAGUAAGAAAAAAGGAAAAGGAGUAAACACAAGAAUCUGAAUCUGUCAGUAUUCAGUGUUGUCGUUCGCAGGCUGUACAGCCGACAUCGCCAAUAAGGUCCUCGUUCGUCACGGAGCACCAAUGGAAAGUUAUAGUUGUCAGUGAUUCGCAUUGAUUCUUGUUGUAGUUUAUGGCGACUGACCAUGAGUCUUUAUGAUUUGGUUAUCCAAAUCGAUACUUUAUUUUCGGAAAUGCUUUUUAUGUGACUGUGACCGUAAGUUUGGGUAAAGGAAUUGUAGUGAAAUGUUGAAUAAAACACAUUCAAGA